UUUUCCUUGCGUGCUCAACAGCGCUGUACUGAGAUUGACCUCUGAAGUGAGUGAUAAUAAGGCUGUUUUGGCACAGACAGCAAUGCAAAUAUUUACUUAGAUCCAGCAGAUCUGGUGCAGGAAAUCGAGAGAGGGGACAUGCAUGGAGAAGCGGAGGGUGUGCGCGAGUGUCAGAGAAAUGCGCAGACUGUCCGGGAGAGUCGGAGGUACAAAUGUGAAAAAUCGGACUCCGUAGAUAAGGAGAGCUGCCUCUGUAUUGGGAAGGGGGUGAGGCUGAUGCGCCCCGAACAGAAGAAGAGCGUUUAUUUUCCUUGUGUUUUUGCUGUCUUGAACUUUUUCUGACGUCCUGUAACUUUUCGAAGAUCUCAGGUUCACUUGGCAGGGAUACACAGGAGAGAAUCAAUGAGCUGACAUAAGAGGUCCUUAGUCUUCUGAGUCCUCGCCAUCCAUCAUAGGAACAAGGCGAUGAUUUUAACGACAGACCUGAAUUGUACACAAAACAAGAACAACAGUCAGGUGGGGCCGGCUGUCUUCAGGAACUGCAGCAACACCGAUGGCUACAAGUACACGGUGUACUCUGCCAUGUACUGUGUGAUCUUCCCCUUGGCACUGACCUCCAAUUGCCUGGCCCUCUACGUUUUCUGCAGGCUGACCAGAAAGCGCACACCAAGUACAGUGUUCAUGAUCAACCUGAGCUUUUCAGAUUUGCUUUUUUCGCUGACCCUUCCAUUCCGGAUCACGUACUUCUUUCGAAAAGGCGAGUGGGAUUUCCCAGACUGGCUUUGCCGUUUCUGCACCUUUGCUUUUUACACAAACCUCUAUGCCAGCAUCUUGUUCCUCACCUGCCUUAGUGUGGUGCGCUAUGUGGCGGUCUUGCACCCUAUUAAUGCCAGGAACAUCUUCACCAUAAAAAAAGCUAUCUGUACUUCAGUGGCUAUGUGGAUUUUUGUGAUCCUCUCAUCAUGCCCUUUCUUCCUCUCAGGGACCUUCGAGCGUGGAGGAAAACUGCGCUGUUUUGAGCCCAAGGACCAAAAAUCGUGGGGUCGCAUUCUUAUCAUGAACUACUUUGCACUUGUCUUGGGUUUCUUGUUUCCAUUCUUCACCAUUUUAUGCUGUUACUGCCGGAUAAUUCGGCGUCUCACCAGUUCCCAGCGAGACCUGAGGAAGAGCAAGCAGUCACGCCGACGCUCAAUCUAUCUUAUUGUCCUGGUUUUCAUCUCAUUUAUCUUUUGCUUCCUACCCUACCACAUUCAGAGGACCGUACACCUGCAUUUUAAAAUGAGUAGAGCGGAUUGCUCCAAACUUGUCCUCAUGGAGAAAGCUGUUGUCAUCACCAUCUGCCUGGCAGCAACAAAUAGCUGCCUUAACCCGCUAAUCUAUUACUUUGUAGGUCAGACUUUUCGCGGAAAUAUUUCUAAUGCCUUUAUGGAGACAAUGAACAGCAAAAAAUUUCACAGGCAGUCGAAUUCAUCUUUUAACCUUUCGACAAGAAGAGAAAGUGGUUGCUCCCUAAAGGUCAAAAGUUAAAGCUCUCUUGUGAGAAGUAAUAUUUUUUUCUUGGAGUUAAUUAUUUGUUGGAUUUGUUCUAUAUAUUAGGAGACAAGGAGUUUAGGUACUUUAAAAUAAAAAUACAGUGACAAAAAAAAAUCUUUUUUAUUUUAUUU